UUAAAAAUCUUCCUGCUGCGGCUGCUGAUCCUUUUUCCCGAAACCCUCACUGUUGCUACCGUCAUGAACAUAACCUCUCUCCGGCUAGACACAAUCCCUAUCACUGCUCCACAGAGAGCCUUCAACGGCGCCGGUGGAACCUACAUCAACACACUUCCUCCACGCAUUGCUCUUCACAACCACCGCCAAUGCCGGAAAAGCGGUCCAAUUUCGUGUUCUGCAUCCCCGCCGGUCAGCGUAGAACAUCAUACGAGUGACACACCGAGUCGAAUCGGAGCUCUGAGUCAGGUUUCCGGCGUUUUAGGUUGCCAGUGGGGCGAUGAAGGCAAGGGGAAGCUUGUUGAUAUCCUAGCCAAGCAUUUUGAUGUUGUGGCUCGUUGUCAGGGUGGAGCAAAUGCUGGACAUACUAUCUACAACUCUGAAGGCAAGAAAUUUGCACUGCAUCUUGUUCCUUCGGGGAUUCUUAAUGAGGAAACUACAUGUGUUGUGGGAAAUGGGGUUGUGGUGCAUCUUCCCGGGUUUUUUAAAGAAAUCGACGGCCUUGAAUCUAACAGGGUUUCUUGCAAAGGAAGGAUUCUAGUUUCUGAUCGUGCUCAUGUAUUAUUCGAUUUCCAUCAACAAGUAGACGGCCUUAGAGAAGCUGAGUUAGCCAAAUCGUUUAUCGGCACCACCAAAAGAGGAAUUGGACCAUGUUACUCUAGCAAAGUAAAUAGAAACGGUAUAAGAGUGUGUGACUUAAGGCAUAUGGAUACUUUUCCUCAUAAACUUGAUCUUUUAUUAUCAGACGCAGCUUCAAGAUUUAAAGAUUUUAAAUAUACGCCUCAAAUGCUUCGGGAAGAAGUUGAACGGUACAAAAGAUUUGCUGAGAGGCUUGAACCGUUUAUUUGUGAUACGGUGCAUUUCAUGAAUGAAUCUAUAUCACAGAAAAAGAAAAUUUUGGUGGAAGGUGGUCAGGCAACGAUGUUGGAUAUUGAUUUUGGGACGUAUCCUUUUGUAACGUCUUCUAGCCCAUCGGCUGGGGGAAUAUGCACCGGCUUAGGGAUUGCUCCCAGAGCUCUUGGGGAUAUUAUUGGAGUGGUGAAGGCCUAUACUACUAGAGUUGGAUCAGGCCCUUUUCCAACCGAAUUGUUGGAUAAAGCCGGUGAUCUAUUACGGUUUUCUGGGCAAGAAUUUGGCACUACAACGGGCCGUCCUCGUAGAUGUGGUUGGCUUGAUAUAGUUGCUCUUAAAUAUGUUUGUCAGAUAAAUGGCUUUUCUUCUCUAAAUCUCACCAAACUCGAUGUUCUUUCUGAUCUUGCUGAGAUUCAGUUGGGUGUUUCUUAUAAACAUUCCAAUGGUACUCCCAUCAAUUCAUUCCCUGCUGAUUUACAUGUUCUUGAGCAGUCAAAUGUGGAGUAUGAAACAAUGCCAGGGUGGCAGACUGAUAUCUCUUCUAUAAGGAACUACUCUGAUCUGCCGAAAGCUGCACGCCAGUAUGUCGAAAGAAUAGAAGAACUUGUCGGCGUGCCAAUCCAUUACAUUGGUGUCGGGCCCGGACGUGAUGCUCUCAUUUACAAAUGAUCAGUCAGAAUAUGCAGGCAGAGAUUUGUAAAGUAUUCAUUGGUGAGAUUACUUGCCGUUCAAUUCAAUUUCAAUGUAUUCAUUCCUCCAGUGAGAUGUAUUUUGAAUUUUACAUCAACUCAUUAUGUGGGGAAGAUGGGAUAUACUCAUUUUAUGCUACGGUUAUCAUCUUUUUGUUUGUUUGUUAAUAAAAUAAUAAUAAAAUCAGCCCACGCAAAUUUGCUAA